GAGAGAGAGAGAAAGAGAGAAAGAGAAGAAACCAUGGCAUACCAUAAUAUCAUUCCAUGCAUGUAAUUUGCUAAUCUCGCAUUGUAGUUGGCAUGCGUUGUUGUUGUUGUUGUUCGAUUGUAUUAUGCCAAAAUACCCAAUUCCCAUCUCUCUCUUCACUCCUUUGAAAACCUCUCCUUCUUCUCCACGCCGCCUCUCUUUCUCUUCACUCCAUCCGCAUUCACUUCUGCUUUUGCACUCACGCUCACCCAUGGCCUCCUUGUCUUCUCUCUAAUGCCGCCUCUUCUGUCACUGCACUGGUACGACUUUUCAGACAUGGGUAGAGCUUGCUCUGUUUGGCAGAUUGGAUUCUUAUAUCUUUUGUGAUUCACAAAAUGGAGGAAAGAGGAAGAUACCUCGAAUUUGAUGAAUUUGAGAGGCUACUAGGGGAGAUACCAAAUGCUACUUAUGGGAAACCACAUUAUGAGGAAUCUGGACCAAAGAUGGUGUCUUUGGAGGGUAGCUUGUCUCCUAUCUGUGUGAAUUCCUACAAAGGGCCAAUCAGUGAGAAACUUCAAAACUAUGGGAGUUUGGAUGAGGAAAAAAUCUCAGUGGAUAAAAUUAAGCAAUUAUCCAUUAAAAGGUUUCAACCAGAGGAAAUGAAUCUGCCUGAUGACCAGUCCUUGACAUCUGCCUUUGCAGGAUUGAACUUUACUGAUGGUGUGACAGUGGGAGCUGGAAGUCCUUUGGCAAAGUCUAAAUCCUUACAGAAUCACACCAUUUUAUUUGAUCGUCCAUAUCUUAACGGCUUAAAUAAACCAAAUUAUGUGGAUUCACAUAUGACAGUUGCAUCUUCUUUCAAAUCAGCAAAAGAUGUACCUUGUGGUUUUGAUGAGUUUAGUGGGACAAAAGCUGUCCAGGAAAGUUCAAAUUUGUUAAAACUGAAUGCUGAAGAAAACAAGUGGCAAGGAGACUAUUUUCAUCAACUUGAAAAUUUCUCUACUGUGCCAUUUGCUCAUGCAGUGCAAGGCUUCCAGUUCCUCUCUAAUGUGCCUGUCCAAGGUGUGCAGUUUCCUGCAAUGCCUGAUCAGCAGCAAUUCUUCUUAGAUGCACAAUCUUUGUUGCCUUAUUUUCAUCCAGAACAAAUAAACCAGCCUCAGAUCAGUUGGAGGAAUGUGAACGAGGAACAAUAUUGUAGGAUGCAUCAGCACUACCAGUACCUGCAGCAGCUUCACAGUCAGCGGUUUGAAGCUCAGCGUGCUAUUCAAGCACAUGGAAAUCUCACAGCUAAGCUGAUGAGUGAGAGCUCGAGGCAGCCAUAUUUUGAGGUGCCAAUCUCUCACCAGAUUGAAAAAUCUAAACAAGAACCAUUUUGGAACAAUUAUACAAACUAUAGGGGUUCAAACCAAUCAAAUUCUUCCGUUUCUUACAUGGAUUUUAACGCAAUGCAAGUUUUGGACAAAGUGACUAAACAUAAGUUUCCUGAAACGUUUCCAGCAAGAUCACAUGGAGUAAACACACUCAAAGCUGUGAAGUUUGGAUCUGUUGGUGGAAAUGAAUCACUAACCCAUGUCAGCCCAAAUGGGAAAUUUCUCUCAAAUAAUCACCUAUGGCAUAGCUUUUCUACGCCAAGGGCUGGAUGCUAUCAGUUAGAUAGUUUGAGAUCACGGGGUUUGUCCCCUGAAACUACAGAUCUUAAAAGUACUGAUCUGAAGCCACUGCCUCAGAAUUAUAACUCUGUUGAUGAAGUCAGUGGAAGAAUAUAUCUCAUGGCUAAAGACCAACAUGGUUGCCGCUUUUUACAGAAAAAACUUACUGAGGGCAUCCCAAAAGACAUUGAAAAGAUUUUUCUUGAGAUCAUCGAUUACAUUGUUGAGCUCAUGGUAGAUUCUUUUGGGAACUACCUAGUACAAAAGCUGCUUGAAGUUUGUGAUGAGGCUCAGCAGAUUCAAAUACUUCGAACAAUCACAAGAAAAUCUGGAGAACUUGUUAGGAUUUCGUGCGAUAUGCAUGGGACUAGGGCUGUUCAGAAGGUCAUUGAAACCCUUAGGACUCCUGAGCAGUUCUCCAUAGUUGUUUCCGCACUGAAGCCUGGUAUUGUGACAUUAAUAAAAAACACGAACGGCAACCAUGUUGCACAAUGCUGCUUGCAGUGUCUAAUGCCCGAAUACAGUAAGUUCCUUAUUGAAGCUGCAACUACUAAUUGUGUUGAACUUGCAACGGACCGCCAUGGCUGUUGUGUGCUUCAAAAGUGCCUUAGCAAUUGUGAUGGCGAGCAAAGACGCCGUUUAAUAUGCGAGAUUACAUCAAAUUCUUUAACCCUCUCCCAAGAUCCAUUCGGGAAUUAUGUUUUGCAACUUGUAUUUGAGCUCCGGCUUCCAUGGGCAACAGUAGAUAUUCUUGACCGAUUGGAGGGUAACUACGCGGACUUGUCCAUGCAGAAAUUUAGCAGUCAUGUGGUUGAGAAAUGUCUCAAGUAUGCAGAUGAUGAACACCGCACUCGUCUUAUCCAAGAGCUUAUUGAGAAUCCUCGGCUAGAUCAAAUUAUGCAAGACCCUUAUGGAAAUUAUGUUGUUCAAGCAGCAUUAAAUCAGUCAAAGGGAGCUUUUCAUACUGCAUUGUUGGCCGCCAUAAAACGCCAUGAUCCUGUGCUUCAGACAAGCCCAUAUGGGAAGAAAGUUCUCUCUAGCAGCGGUUUGAAGAAAUAAGUUUUGGGUUUAAUUGUUCAAGAAGAUCCUGUAUAUUCUGUAAUAAGCAAGUGAAGUAAAGCGAGUUGGGCUUUUUGGCUUUUGACGUUCAGAAUUUGAAGGGCAUAGCUGGAAAGAAACAGGUCAUCGAUGCCUUUAACAGCUCAUCAAAAGAUGGAAGAUGAUUUUCUUUUUUCAUUUUUGUUUUUGUUGUCCUUUGGAUUUGGUGCACAUCUUGGACGUACAAUAUGGUAUCCACAUUGUAGGCUGGCAGGCAACUUUUCUUUUGCAUUGCAUAGAAAUAAAAGGAAAGUGAAUCUGUAGAGUUCUUUUAGUUUAUGGGGGAAUUGUACUAUUAGAUGGAUUUUUGUGACAGCUCAAGCCUUGGUGGGUGGUUCUAGAAGAUAAAGUUUGACCAAAUUGAAUUAAAGGAAGUGUCUAUGGGUUUUUUUUGGACAAAGUCUUAUUUCAAACUGAAUUGAAGAGAGAAUUUCCUUUGCA